CGGAGGACGUCAUGCUAAGUGAAAGGAGCUAGUCGCAGAAAGACCGCUACUGCCUGAGGACACAUACUGAUAUGAGAGAGCCAUGAGCAGCCAUGGCAACAGCCUGUUCCUGCGCGACAGCGGCCAGCGGCUGGGCGGCGCGGGCUGGCCGGGGCGGCUGCGGGACGGGCUGCAGCAGCGGGCGCUGCGCACGCGCCUGCGCCUGCAGACCCUGACCCGCGAGCACGUGCUGCGCUUCCUGCGCCGCCACGCCUUCAUCCUGCUCACCGUCAGCGCCGUGGUCAUCGGCAUGGCGUCGCUGGACAACAAGGCCACGGGGCGCAUGGGGAUGCGGGCGGCCGUGUACUACAUGGUGACCACGGUCAUCGCGGUCUUCAUCGGCAUCCUCAUGGUCACCAUCAUCCACCCCGGGAAGGGGUCCAAGGAGGGGCUGCGCCGAGAGGGCCGGAUCGAGACCAUCCCCACAGCCGACGCCUUCAUGGAUCUGAUCAGGUGA